UCAGAGCGCGAGGAAAGUACUGCCGAGAACCGGCAGUUGUCAGAGCAGGGAUCGGCACCGAUCAUCAGGGCACUGAUUAUCAGUGCCCUGAUGAUCGGUGCCCAGCAGUGCCACCCACCAGUUCCGCCCACCUGUGCCCAGCAGUGCCACCUACCUGUGCCACCCACCUGUGUCCACCAGUGCCCAUCAAUGCAUUGCUGCAAAUCAGUGCCACCAGUCAGUGCCCAGCGUCAGUGCCUAGCAGCGAUGCCAGUCAGUGCCACCUAUCAGUGCUGUCUCAGUACCCAUCAUCAAUGCCGCCUAUCAGUGCAGCCUAUCCGUGCCACCUCA